AAAAAAAGACUUGUUCUCUCUCUUUGACGAAAUAAAGUGCGACUUUUUCCAAAGUGUUAACCUAGCCGCCGUUCACGUUCAUUUGAUCGAUGACUGGGGCUUUGCCUCUUCCACCACCUCCGGUUCCACCAGAUCCCAAUCCUCCGCGUCUUGUUUCUCUUCCUUCGACUCAGUUUUCUUCUUUAGAUGUUGAAAUGUCUGAUUUGGCCUUUGCUUCUCUUUCUCCGGCGAAAUCAGCAAUUCAUCACGCUCCCUUCGAGAAAGGAGUUCUCGGAGCGGCCCCUUCUUCUUCUCUGGCUAGGGACAACUCUCCCGGCUUCCCCUCUGUUCCGCCUGAGUUACCCAAGCCGCCGGUUGUCUCACCUCCCUCACGGGUCUCUAAUCCAACUGUUGGUGUUUCAGAUCCUGGUUUUAAUUGGGCAAAAAAUCUCAGUUCUUCAGGAAAAAUUCCAGCUUCAUCAGCUCCGGUUUUGAUUUCAGCUGAAGGUCGUCCUAGGGUAAAAGUACCAAACACAGUUUUUGAACGAGGUGCAAAACUUCACGGGGACUACAUCGUGGGAAUUUUCUAUGGAAAGGCACCUUCUUAUGGUAAGAUUUGGGGAGUUUUAAACUUCCUUUGGGGAAAAGAUAAGAGAGUGACUGUUCACAAUCUGUCCAAUAAUGCUUUCCUUUUCUAUAUUCCAUCACCUUCUUUGCGAAAGCGUGUUCUGCAGCACGAACUAUGGAGAGUGGGUGACUCUCCUUUUUUUGUUAUGCCUUGGAAGUCUGAAUUUAGUUUCAACCCUCCAUCACUUGAGAGUGCUCCCGUUUGGGCUUCUAUCAAGGACAUUCCUUUUGAUCUCAUUACUCCGGAAGGGCUUAGCAUCAUCUGUAGGACUCUAGGGAGAGCUGUGGAUUAUAAGCCCUUUACUAGUAUCAACUCUGCGGAGGUUAAAGUUGUGGUUGAUCUUACAAAGCCUCUGCCUAGUGUUUUGGAACUUGAGCGUGAGGAUGGUCAUAUCUUGCUUCUGACGGUUACUUUUCCCUGGUUACCACCACUCUGUUCAUGUUGCAAAGAAAUUGGGCAUAAAUCUGCACUAUGUCCGAAUGCUCCUAUAUCUGUUAAACAGUCUUCAACUUCUCGAUUUGACAAUCAUCCCUCUGAAAUUCCAGUCACAAAGCUGCCAGGGAUAAAUUUGGGUGAACCAAAAAAGGUUUGGAUUCCAGUUCAAGGUAAGAAUGUGUCGAGUGAGCUUGAAAUUGGUGUUUCAGCUACCCCUUCCCAAUCUGUUGCUGUGAUCCCUGAUUUUCAAGCAUGUCCACCUGUUUCGCAAUCUAUGCAUCAAACCUCUAUGGACGUGAAUCUUGUGUCUGAUCAGUUCCCUUCUUCAGAAGCUGGCCCAGUCUCAUUGAGUAUCGUCUCUGAGCACUUAGUCUCUUCUCAAUCAAAUUCUGAAACUCCUUUUGAAUUAGCUUCUCGUAAUAUUGCUCCUUCAGCUUUAUCUUUGGUUACGGUUCCUCCUACCACCUCUAAUCCUUUUGAUUUGCUGCAAGUGGAGGAAAGUACUAUGGUUGUUGAUGAUGACUCUUCUUCUCUUGCCAAUUCUGGUCAGCCUCUCUCGUCAUCAACAUCCCCAAAAACGACAAAGCUUAAAAGAAAGUGGGAUGCUCAACAGUCUCGUCUUCAAGGCGGAGUUCUCUCCCUUAUAGGAGAGAAGCGUCACUCCCACUAACCUGUUUAUAUGUCAAAUACCUUUUUUUGGAAUGUAAGAGGUCUUAAUGAAUUCUCAAAGCAUCG